AUGCUCGUCGCGUCAGCGCGGCGGCUGUCCGCCGCCGCCUCGUCUUCGUCUUCUUCCGUGCGCGCCAGCCAGCUCGCCGCCGCACUGAACCCACAGAGGUGGAUGCACGACAGGAACAAGAAGGCGAUGGAGCUGGUGGCCAAGGGAUGGAGUGCGCUCCAGGAGGUCGACCGCGUCAUCGACUACGCCGACCGCAACGACAAGCGCCUCAUCCCGCUUCUAAGGGGCGCUAAGGAAAACUUUGAACUGGCUUUGGAGAUUGACAAUGAUAAUACACAUGCGAGUGGUGCUGCUUUGUUGGUUGAAGCUGCAAAUAUGGGUGAUCCAGAUGCACAGUAUGAACUUGGAUGUCGACUAAGAAUUGAGAAUGACUAUGUUCAGUCAGAUCAACAGGCUUUCCAUUACAUUGAGCAAGCUGUUGAUCAGCUGCACCCUGCCGCUUUAUAUCUUCUCGGUGCUGUAUAUCUAACUGGAGACUGUGUUAAGAGAGAUAUAGCUUCUGCGUUGUGGUGUUUUCAUAGAGCUUCAGAAAAGGGACAUGCUGGUGCUGCUAUCGCAUAUGGAUCCUUGCUUCUUAAAGGUGCUGAAAUACCUGAAGUGAUUACGAGAUUCAACUCAGGCAAGAGUCCAUCAACUGGGAAAAUGCGGAAAAGGACCCUGCAGCAGGAUCCAAUAAAGCUAGCGAAAGAACAGUUUCAAAUUGCAGCUGAGGCAGGCUGUGAUCUCGGUUUGCGGUGGUUGAAGAGGCUUGAAGAUUAUGAAAACCAAGAAGAAAAGCUAAAGCAGAUCCAGCAAUGA